UGCAGCUAGAUGCUGGGUGUCAUCAUCACACACGCGCAUAUCAGGUUUCACUGGACAUAGUCUCUCGCGCAGGCCUACAGUAACGACAAUGGCGACUGGAAAAAUCACACACAUCUACUGCUUCCUCUGAAUAUCUCCGCUAAAAUGCGAUGCUCGAGCUGUGGCGGUGGAAACAUGAGUAAUAACAUCUUGUGAGUUGGCUAAUAUUAGUCUUUGCGCGUCACGGCAGCUUUAAUAAUAACGGAUUGAAGAUGGCGGAGUUUUCUCCGGUGCUGCCUCCGUUGAGGGAUGAAGGAGGAGGCGGACGGUACGGACAGCCGCUGUUCCCCAGAUCCCUGUCCGGUUCGGAGUCGGACAGUGAAUUGUCGCAGAGUUUGGCCCGCACAAAGACGCGCUCCUACGGCAGCACCGCGAGCGUCACGGCGCCUUUAGGAGAAACAUACAUAGAGCACCGGGUAACGGACGGGACACACUGCAGGGUAUAG